GCGCAGCGUAGCGAAACCAGGCAGCGCCACGCGCGGCUGGGGCCGGGCGGAACCGAGGACGAACCCGGCAGGCGCUGCGCCGCCCGCAUGGAGCCAGCCGCGGGCUUCCUGUCCCCGCGCCCCUUCCCUCGUGCGGCCGCCCCACCCUCGCCCCCCGCAGGCCCAGGGCCGCCUCCGAGUGUCUCUCCCGGAGCGGAGCUGGAGAUGUUGGCUGGGCCACCGGCGCGGGACCCCGGGCGCCUCAUCACUGACCCGAGCAGCGGCCGCACUUACUUCAAAGGCCGUUUGCUGGGCAAGGGGGGCUUCGCCCGCUGCUACGAAGCCACUGAUCGGGAGACCGGUGGCGCCUACGCGGUCAAAGUCAUCCCGCAGAGCCGCGUCGCCAAGCCGCAUCAACGCGAGAAGAUCCUAAACGAGAUCGAGUUGCACCGAGAUUUACAGCACCGCCAUAUCGUCCGUUUUUCGCACCAUUUCGAAGAUGCUGACAACAUAUACAUUUUCCUGGAGCUCUGCAGCCGAAAGUCCCUGGCCCACAUCUGGAAGGCCCGGCACACCCUAUUGGAGCCCGAGGUUCGAUACUACCUGCGGCAGAUCCUUUCGGGCCUCAAGUACUUGCAUCAGCGGGGCAUUUUGCACAGAGACCUCAAACUGGGAAAUUUUUUCAUCACUGAUAACAUGGAACUGAAGGUGGGGGAUUUUGGUCUGGCAGCUCGGUUAGAGCCCCCGGAGCAGAGGAAAAAGACCAUCUGUGGCACUCCUAACUAUGUGGCUCCAGAAGUGCUGUUGAGACAGGGCCAUGGCCCUGAGGCAGAUGUGUGGUCACUGGGUUGUGUCAUGUAUACACUCCUCUGUGGGAGCCCCCCCUUUGAGACAGCUGACCUGAAGGAAACCUAUCGCUGCAUCAAGCAGGUUCAUUACACACUGCCUGCCAGCCUCUCACUGCCUGCCCACCAGCUCCUGGCUGCCAUCCUCCGAGCCUCACCCCGAGACCGUCCCUCUAUUGACCAGAUCCUGCGCCAUGACUUCUUUACUAAGGGCUACACCCCCGACCGGCUCCCUGUCAGUAGCUGUGUGACAGUCCCAGAUCUGACACCCCCCAACCCUGCAAGGAGUCUAUUUGCCAAAGUUACCAAGAGCCUGUUUGGCAGGAAGAAGAACAAAAAUAAAAACCAUUCUGAGGAACGGGCUGAUGUCUCCUGCUUAGUGAAUGGCCUCAUGCGCACAUCCAUUGGUCAUCCAGAUGCCAGACCUGAGGCUCCAGCAGCUUCAGGUCUGGCCCGUGUCAGCUUGGUAGAGACAGCUGCUGAGGACAGCUCACCCCGUGGGACACUAGCGAGCAGUGGAGAUGGGUUUGAAGAAGGUCUGACGGUGGCCACAGUGGUGGAGUCUGCCCUUUGUGCACUGAGAAACUGUGUAGCCUUCAUGCCUCCAGCGGAACAGAACCCAGCUCCUUUGGCACAGCCAGAGCCUCUGGUGUGGGUCAGCAAGUGGGUUGACUACUCCAACAAGUUUGGCUUUGGGUAUCAACUAUCUAGCCGCCGUGUAGCUGUGCUUUUCAACGAUGGUACACACAUGGCCCUAUCAGCCAACAGAAAGACUGUGCACUACAACCCCACCAGCACAAAGCACUUCUCUUUCUCUGUGGGUGCUGUACCUCAUGCUUUGCAGCCUCAGCUGGGCAUCCUGCGGUAUUUUGCCUCCUACAUGGAGCAGCACCUCAUGAAGGGUGGAGAUCUGCCCAGUGUAGAAGAGGUAGAGGUGCCUGCUCCACCCUUGCUGCUGCAGUGGGUCAAGACUGAUCAGGCCCUACUCAUGUUAUUUAGUGAUGGCACUGUCCAGGUGAACUUCUAUGGGGAUCACACGAAGCUGAUACUCAGUGGCUGGGAGCCUCUCCUUGUGACUUUUGUGGCGAGAAAUCGCAGUGCUUGUACUUACCUCGCUUCCCACCUCCAGCAGCUGGGCUGCUCCCCAGACCUGCGGCAGAGACUGCGCUAUGCUCUGCGCCUGCUCAGGGACCAAAGUCCUGCUUAGGUUCCAACCUGCAGAGCAGGCUGUGAUCCUAGCCCUCAAGUCAAGGCCUGUGCCUGAAAGGCCCUUGCUUUUGUGGCCCUCCCUGUCCCUUUGGUGCCUCACUGGGGGCUCCAGGCUGAAUCCCCCAGGGAAUCAGGGACCAGCUUUACUACAGUUGGGGAUGGCCUGCCCUCCCUGUUUCCUUACCCCCCCUCUCUCCCCUUCCUGAAAUAAGCCUGAGCCUUAGCCCCCAGCUAGGGGGCAUUAUUUAUGGACCACUUUUAUUUAUUAACACACAUUUAUUUAUUGAGAUGUGAGCCCCAGGGGGCCUCCUCCUGGGAAUAAUAAACCAUUUUUGCAGAA